UUGAUUCACUAUAAUACGUGUCGACUUUUCCGAGCGAGUAGAAAAACAUAUGCGCGUGGAGAUUAAGGAAAACCAGGAAGUGGUUUUUUGAAGCCUAAAAUGAUAGCUCUUAGUAUUUAGUUUCCAAAAAUAAGAGGUUUUUUGUACCUGCAACAAAAGACUUCCUUAAUAUUUCCACAAAAAGCAUAAAUUUUUAUUUAUUUUUUCUUUCUCUUUAUAGCUCUCCUCUCUUAACAAAAAAAAAAAAAAAACUUUCCUCUUCCCUCUUCCAGCCUACAUUCCAAGAAAAAUCUUGCAGAUAAUAAGAGUGAGAGAUUAAUUAUUAGAUCAAGGGUUAAUUAAUAAUAAUUAAUAAUGGGGAGAGGUAAGAUUGUGAUAAGAAGGAUUGACAAUUCAACAAGUAGACAAGUAACUUUCUCAAAGAGAAGAAAUGGUUUACUUAAGAAGGCUAAAGAGCUUUCUAUUCUAUGUGAUGCUCAAGUUGGUCUUAUUAUUUUCUCAAGUACUGGCAAGCUUUAUGACUAUUCAAGUUCCAGCAUGAAAUCUGUUAUUGAGCGUUACAACAAAAUGAAAGAGGAACAUCAUCAAUUGUUGAAUCCUAUUUCAGAAGUAAAGUUUUGGCAAAGAGAAGCAGCAACACUUAGGCAACAACUACAGUAUUUGCAAGAAUGUCACAGACAAUUAAUGGGGGAAGAACUUUCUGGCUUGAGCACCAAAGAUUUGCAAAAUUUAGAAAACCAACUCGAAAUGAGUUUGAAAGGUAUUCGUACCAAAAAGGACCAAAUAUUAACUGAUGAAAUAAGAGAACUAAACAAAAAGGGAAAUCUCAUUCAUCAAGAGAAUAUAGAAUUAUAUAAGAAGGUAGACCUACUUCAAAAAGAAAAUAUGGAACUCCAAAUCAAGGCUUAUGGAGCAAGUGACAUGAUAAAUGAUAUCAAUAGAAGCUGUAGUACUACAAUGGGAUAUAGUAGUGUUGUUAGCAACAAAUAUGAUCAUGCACAACAACCAACCAUCCAUCUCCAAUUAAGUCAACCUCAACAACAAUUGCACUCAGAAUCUCAGUCUAAUAAUCUUCAACCAUCUCAUCAUGAUCACAACAAUAAAACUACUCCACCAAAACCAAUGAUUCUAGGAUUAAAACUGCAAUAGCAAAGUUAUAUUUGACUAUUUGUAGAAGAAGAUGAGUAGUGUUAUGAUGAAAAAGGCAUGCAAAAGAGUACUGAGAGUGGAAAUCAAAUCUUUGCUAUAGCUACCUAUCUUGUACUUCAGAACUACUGAGGAAAAUGACAUUUUUCAUCUAUACCAGAAGUUUUGGAAUUAUGUAUAUGUUCCUUUUAUAAUUAUGUGUAAUGGUAUGUGCAUACAAAUUAUAUUAUGCAACAAAAUAUUACAUUUGUAGUAAUAUGACAGUUUAUGGUAACUAAUUAUGUUUACUUUAGAUGAAAUACAC